UCAGCCGGUGAGCCGUUGUCCCCUUUCGACCUGUGUUUUAUUUUGGACAGCUCUGAUAACUACAAGGCAAAGAAAGGCCCAUGUACGGAGCAACACAACUACGUCUGCCACUCUGCUCUCAAACCCUGUGAACCAAACGUGUGUCAGAACGGCGGAAACUGCACCUCCUGCUUCAACGAGACCACCACGUUCUGCGGGUGUGCUGACGGUUUUGGAGGAAAGUUUUGUGAAAUCAACAUUGACGACUGUGGCUCCAACCCGUGCCAACAUGGCGGAACUUGUCAGGAUGGCGUCAACUCCUACAGCUGCAGCUGUCCAACCGUCAUAGGAACCGAUUGUGAAUCAGAAGUGGACUGGUGCUCCCUGGUCCAGUGUCCGUUCGGUUGGGUCUGCCAGGUUUCCACGUCCUCCUUCCAGUGCGUCGAUCCUGCUCCCAUUGUCCGGGAAAUACCUUACCAGUGCAGCAGCGCCUCCUGUCCGGAUGGCAUGUACUGCACCAAGGAGAGCGCCGCGUUCUUCUCCUGCAAGGUUGAGUGACGUCACUGAAAAAGCGCCAGGCACCUAACUGGCUGUCAAAUGUUAAUUCUUAUUUGAGUACAGAUGGCGAAAUAUAAAAGUGCUUCAAAUAUGA